UUUGUCAUCAGAGAACGCAUUUAAAAAAUGUAAAUUUUGUAAGACGCAACAAAUAUAGAAUUAUUGCAAUAUUGGAGUUUAUUUUGUGUUAAAAUAGUGUGAAAUGUGAAUAGAAGUAAUUAUUCAAGAUGCCCAAGGAGCAAUAUCGAGAGACAUACGUCGGGAGAAAAAUUUCCCAUGUUACUUUCAAUGUGGAUAGUGCCCCGGCCAUCCAGCAGGCGGCGCACAUACAGGUCAUCACGAAGAACCUCUUCGCGCAAGAUGGACAGAGAAUACCAGCUAAAUAUGGAGUUCUCGACCGAAGAAUGGGGACAAACCAGAAGGAUGCAAACUGCGAGACCUGUGGGCUGGGCCUGGCGGAGUGUGUCGGUCACUACGGGUACAUUGAGCUGGCACUCCCGGUAUUCCACGUCGGGUACUUUCGCUCCAUCAUCACAAUACUGCAGACCAUCUGUAAGGAAUGCGCAAAGGUAAUGCUGCCAGAGACGAUCAAGAAGUCUUUCAGUCGGAAAUUCAUGCACCCAGAACUGACGUACCUGCACAAGAAGAGCCUCCGAGCAGCUGUUCUGAAGAAGGCCAAAACAUGCACAAAAUGUCCUUACUGCGACGCCUUGAACGGGAUUGUGAAGAAAAGCCCAGCGGGGAUCCUGAAGAUCAUCCACGAUAAAUACCGGACGAAGAAACCUUCAGAUCCUAUCGUUCAGAAGGUGUUGAGGGAUUUCAAUGAAGCAAAGGAGUCGAAUAAGGAGCUGGCGACGAUGAUUACCAGCGGGCUUAUUAUUGAGAUGAGCCCUUUGGAGGUACUGAACCUGUUCCGUCGGAUCCCAGACGAGGACAUCCCCCUGCUGGGCAUGACGGCCAGCCUGUCUCGGCCGGAGGACCUGGUGCUCACGCGGCUGCCGGUGCCACCACUCUGCAUCAGGCCCAGCGUCGUCUCCGACAUUAAGGCUGGCACUAACGAGGACGACCUGACGAUGAAGCAGUCGGAGAUCCUGUUGAUCAACGACGUGAUCGCGCGGCACAUCGCCAGCGGCGGCAAGACGGAGCUGGUACACGAGGACUGGGACUAUCUGCAGCUGCACGCCGCCCUCUACAUCAACAGUGAGAUGUCCGGCAUACCGCUCUCUAUGCAGCCAAAGAAGCCUGGGCGCGGGCUGGUGCAGCGGCUGAAGGGCAAGCAGGGUCGCUUCCGGGGCAACCUCUCCGGGAAACGAGUGGACUUCUCCAGCAGAACUGUCAUCUCGCCUGAUCCCAACCUGCAGAUUCAGGAGGUGGGAGUCCCAGUGCACGUAGCCAAGAUCUUAACGUACCCGGAGCGCGUGUUCCCGGCCAACCUCGCGUGGCUGCGGCGGCUGGUGUGCAACGGGCCGGACGUGCACCCCGGCGCCAACUACGUGCAGCAGCGCGGCACCAGGCACAAGAAAUACUUGAAGUACGGCAACAAGGAGAAGAUCGCGCAGGAGCUGAAGUGUGGCGACGUAGUGGAGCGCCACCUGGUGGACGGCGACGUGGUGCUGUUCAACCGGCAGCCCUCGCUCCACAAACUGUCCAUCAUGUGUCACCGCGCCAAGGUGCAGCCGCAGAGGACAUUCAGAUUCAAUGAGUGUGUGUGCACUCCGUACAACGCGGACUUCGACGGCGACGAGAUGAACAUGCAUCUCCCUCAGACGGAGGAAGCCCGGGCUGAGGCUCUCAUACUUAUGGGGAACAAAUCCAACCUGGUGACUCCUCGAAACGGCGAGCUCCUAAUCGCAGCUACCCAGGACUUUAUAACAGGCGGGUACCUGAUAACGCAACGCGACACCUUCCUGACACUGGGCGAGGCGCAGCAGCUGGCCGCCUGCCUCAUCUCCGGACCUGACACAAACAUGAGGAUCGACAUGCCGCCUCCAGCCAUACUCAAGCCACGGAGGCUUUGGACUGGGAAGCAGAUAUUUAGUUUGAUAAUGAAGCCGAACAAGCGUUGCGAGGUGAAGGCCAACUUGGAGACGAAGGGCAAGAAUUACACCGCCAACCAGGACAUGUGCGUCAAUGACUCCUGGGUGAUAAUCCGCAACUCGGAGCUUCUCUGCGGGUCCAUGGACAAGAGCACGCUGGGAUCUGGCACCAAGAGCAGCAUCUUCUAUAUCCUGCUGCGGGACUGGGGCGAGGAGUACGCCGUCAGGGGCAUGUGGAGGUUAGCGAGAAUGGCGUCGUACUACAUGAUGAACCGCGGAUUCAGCUUCGGUAUCAUCGACGUGACGCCCGGCAGGAAGCUCAUCGAGGCCAAGAAUAAACUUCUGGAAUCUGGCUACUCCAAGUGUGACGGCUACAUCUUGGAGAUGGAGAAGGGAACUCUGCAGUGCCAGCCCGGCUGCACCAUGGAAGAAACACUCGAAGCUGUCAUGCUGAGCGAACUCAGCAGUAUUCGAGAAUUGGCUGCGAAAGCCUGCUUCCGAGAACUGCACCCGACGAAUGCGCCGCUAAUCAUGGCGCAGAGUGGCUCUAAAGGGUCAAAUAUCAACAUAUCCCAGAUGAUCGCGUGCGUGGGCCAGCAGGCGCUGAACGGCAAGCGCGUGCCCAACGGGUUCGAGGACCGCUCGCUGCCGCACUUCGAACGACAUUCCAAGAUCCCGGCGGCGCGCGGGUUCGUAGAGAACAGCUUCUACUCGGGGCUGACGCCGACGGAGUUCUUCUUCCACACGAUGGGCGGCCGCGAGGGGCUCGUCGACACCGCCGUCAAGACCGCCGAGACUGGGUACCUGCAGCGGCGACUCGUCAAGUCUUUAGAAGACCUAGUGCUCCACUACGACAUGACGGUGCGCAACGCCACGGGAGAGGUGGUGGAGUUCAGGUACGGCAGCGACGGGCUGGACCCCAGCUACAUGGAGGGCAAGGACCGGCCCGUGGACCUGGCCAGGGUGCUGGCUGACGUCCGGGCACAGUGCCAGGAUAGAAACGAAGAGCCCCUGGACGGUGACGGAAUCGAAGCAGCGGCAGAAGAAACUUUGGCUUUGGAUGAUUUCAAAACCUGCACCGAGGAAUUCAAGAAUGAAUUGCUAACCUUCCUAAAGUCCAUCGCCAAUAAAGUCCGGUUGCUCCGCUCGAAGUACGCGCACUGCGGCGACAUCGUGCGACAGCUGCAACGGCUGACAUUGACGCAGCUAGUGAGGUUCAUACGAGUGUGUCAUGAUAAAUACCAGAGGAGUGUCAUCGAACCGGGAACCGCUGUCGGCGCGCUAGCUGCUCAGAGUAUCGGUGAGCCGGGUACUCAGAUGACCCUAAAGACGUUCCACUUUGCGGGCGUAGCCUCCAUGAACAUCACGCAGGGAGUGCCGCGCGUCAAGGAGAUCAUCAACGCUUCCAAAAACAUCAGUACACCCAUCAUCACGGCGGAGCUGGUGCAGCCGUAUGAUCAGGAGUUCGCCAGGAGGGUGAAGGGACGCCUCGAGAAGACCACGCUUGGGGAGAUUACAACAUACAUCGACGAGGUGUACCUGCCCCAAGAAUGCUUCCUCCUGCUCAAGCUGGACGCGGAAAGAAUAAGACUGUUGUGCCUGGAAGUCAACGUGGAGUCUAUCGUAUAUUCUAUCUGCACGUCAAAGCUGAAGAUCAAGCCUGGUAACGUCUGCAUAGUGUCGGACUGGGCGAUCAAGGUGCACGCGGAGCCUGGCAAGCAGGGCGGCUGGCUGAACAUGUCGCUGCAGCAGCUGGCGCGGCUGCUGCCGCUGGUGCCCGUCAAGGGGCUGCCGCAGGUGACGAGAGCCGUCAUUGCCGCCGACGACACGCAGCAGACCAACAGGUAUAAACUGUGCGUCGAAGGCAACGGUCUUCGGGAUGUGAUGGCGACAUAUGGAGUUGACGGCAGGAAGACAACGUCCAACAACAUAUUGGAGGUCUACCAGACCCUAGGCAUAGAAGCAGCGAAGUCGACCAUCAUAAGCGAGAUCCAGGCGGUGAUGUCAGGGCACGGCAUGAGCGUGGACCGGCGCCACGUGGAGCUGCUGGCGGGGCAGAUGACGGCGCGCGGCGAGGUGCUCGGCAUCACCAGAUACGGCCUCGCGCGGAUGAAGGAGUCUGUGCUCAACCUUGCCAGUUUUGAGAAAACAGCGGACCACCUGUUCGACGCGGCGUACUACGGGCAGCGCGACCGCAUCGAGGGCGUGUCCGAGAGCAUCAUCCUCGGCGUGCCGGCCGCCAUCGGCACGGGCGUGCUGCAGCUGCUGCACCGCCACCCGGCGCCGGCGCACGCGCCCGCUGCGCACGCGCUGCUCUUCGACCGACCCGAGUACCACCCACAUAUAUGGCCUUAAGUACCUAUUAUUACUAUGUAACGUUGAUUAUAUUUUUUUUA